CAAAGCAGAACCCAGUCUCUGAGGUGAUGAGCUCUACCUGGUAGAGAGCUCAAAUGUGCCAUUGUUCUGCUUGUCUUUAUAAAGGGACCUGCCGUGUUUUCUCCCAGCACGAAGCCAGGAGCAACACCAGAGCCUCUUGCAAAAUGCUUGUGAUUCUGCUGUCAGUGGCCCUGCUGGCCGUGAGCUCAGCUCAGAGCUUAUAUGAAGAUGACAACCAGGAAGACGUUCCCUCCCUAAUAUCAGAUGCAGGGGACUCUUAUCAGAGCCCAGAUGAGGAGAGUCAGAAAUCACCUCUUGGAGAAGACCCACCUGCUGAAGAUGAAAACCAAGAUGAUGGUCCUCAGCAGGGACCACCCCCACAAGGAGGCCGCCACCACCACCGUCCACCACCUCCUCCAGGAAAGCCACAAGGACCACACCCACAGGGAGGCCACCACCACCACGGUCCACCACCUCCUCCAGGAAAGCCACAAGGAGGCCACCACCACCACGGUCCACCACCUCCUCCAGGAAAGCCACAAGGAGGCCACCACCACCACGGUCCACCACCUCCCCCAGGAAAGCCACAAGGACCACCCCCACAACAGGGGCAGCCUCCCCAGUAAUCUAGGAUUCAAUGACAGGAAGUGAAUAAGAAGAUAACAGUGUUUCGAAUGCCAUGAAAUAUAAUGUGGUCAUGCUCUAACUUCAAUAUACUAAUAAAAUAAUCAGCUUGCAAUUUCUGAUUGUGGUGUCUCUUUCUGAGUGUUUGGGAGUCUGGAAUCUGAGAUCCAUGUGCAUGUUGUAUGAACAUCCAGGACCCAUUCUCCUUGAUGUUUCCAGCAAGCUUCUCUCCUCCUUGUCCUAAUUAAGUCAUCUGCCCAGAGAAGGAGUUCCACUGUUUCUUUCCUUCUCCGUCUUCUAUAAAAUAGUCAGAAAAUAUUUUAGAAAUUGAUGGUUUUAUAAUGAAACAGGGAGUAUUGAAAAUAUAUUAAGUAAGCAAUAAGCUCAAAUAAUUUAAAAAGAUAAAAUACACUGGGAGAGCAGAAAUAAGAAUGAAAAUUAAAAAUAUUAAAUUAAUAAGAAGAAAUGAUUCAUAAAUUUUGUACUAAUAGUAAUAACUUCCUGAAAGUCCAAUGAAAUUCACAGAAGUCUGUGAAAAUAAUCUUCAGAGUAAUCAGGUAAAGCUUAAACAAGUGUUUUAAAAGAUGGUACUUUUUUCUACAUUCUGAAAAGCAAACCUGAAAAACCGAACACAGUUUUUACAGAUAUACAAUACAGAGUGACAUAUAUAAAAUGACCUUAAAAACAUAGUAAACAUGUUAUAGUACUUAAUAUCUAAGUAAAAUAUUGUGAAAUUUAACAGAGAAUUCACUCCUCCCUAAAGUACCUUCAUGGGAGAUUUCUCAACUAAUAGGCAGCCCUUUAAUAUGAUGAUGUAUGCAAAAUAUUGAAAGGAAGAGAAAUACCGAAAAGUCUUGAAAGAAAAGAAUAAUUUUGAUAUAACAACUCUAACAAAGGUAAUAACUAUAAAUCUCACUUUAAAAACUACAUAAUUUCAAACAAAUUGAAGUGAUAUAUUAGUUAAAUGACCAAGCAGACUUGAUUCUAGGAAUGUUAAGGAAUGUUCAUUAUUUGUUUUGGAUAAUGGAGUCAGCAGAGGAAAAAAAUAUAUAUGAUCAUCUCGAAAGAUGCCAACGUUGUCUUUGACAAUAUUUAAUAUAUUUUUUUUAAAGCAGUUCUUGUAAAAUAGUUCAAGUAGCCUUCUGACCAUGAUUAAAAUGAUGAACCUCAAAGUAACUGCUGACCUGAUGUGUAUCUGCAACACACUGAAAAACGAUCUAAUACAAAGAUACAAAG